AUGGUUGCUCAGCUGGAACACGAGCGACGACAGACCGCCGGCGUCAAUAUUUUCCACAUGUUCACUAACUGGCGAGAGCUGUACCGAGCACUACUCGCCGUGGCAGGCCUGACUAGCCUACAAACUAACGGUGCGCAGACCAUUUUCAUCUUCCAGUCGAUCCUUUGCGCGAGUCUUGAGUACAGUACCGGCAAGAUCCCUCUUAUGGCAUGUUUCUUCCAGUUGCUAUGCAUCUUUGGGGGUAUCGGAAACAUACUGGUAAUCGACUGGCUGGGAAGGAGAAUUUUGAUGAUGUCCUUCCUCAUCGGUCUCUCAGUCAUCCUCGGCGCCUUUAUGGCCUGCGUUGCCGAAUUUGAGCAGGAUUUACAGACCAUCCAUCUUGGAGGGGAGCAAGAGACACAAAAUCUCUUCCACCCAAGGCCGAUAUAG